GAGCAGAGCGCAAGGCCGCAAAACCAAGAGCUUGGGGCGGCACACUCGACAAUUCACAUACAGGACCGCCAGCAUCAAUCCCAGCGGUGCUCCAAGGAGCGCGAGCCGUCCUGCCAAAGCAGAGCGGGCCCGGCACCUACGAGCUGCAGCGCAAAACAUGGCAGACGACGACGCGGAGGCCUUCCGGCGCGAGGUCUACGGAGAUGAUGGAGGCAGAGCGCGGGACGACGCCGCGCCGCCGUCGAUGCGGGGCCGGCGGUUAUUUGUGAGAGGCCUGCCCUACGACUGGGACCGCGAGCGCGUGCGGCGGGAGCUCUCGAAAUUUGGAGAGGUCGAGAGGUUGGAGCUGCCUAAAGCGAGAAGGGGUUGUGGAUUCGUGGACUACGCGACGGAACGGAGCGCGUCGAAGGCAUUCGUGGCGCUCGACGGACGGCCCCUCGGGCAUCGGAGGGACGUGCUCUGCCAGAUGCGCGUCGAGCCGGCCUUUGCGCCGCCGCUGCAGGACCUCGAGGAGGAGGAGGAGCUGGUGUGUCCCAUCGAAUUUUCUGGAAGAGGCUCGAAGGCCGAAAGGCAACGAGAAAAAAGGAUUGAUCAAUUACACAGAAGGUCGCUCUUCUGCAGUCUGUGUGGGAGUGUCGACCACUUCGACCAGGGCUGCAGGUUGCGAGAUACGACUUAUCAUUGCGCGGUUGCCCAGGGCGAGCUCGAUCCGGUAGAGGCCUUCGCUCCUAAAGUAGAAGCGCCGCCGGCGCCCGCGCCCGCGCCGUCUCCAGUACGCCCCAUGGGCCGCGGCCGCGGCGUCUCCGUGCCGUCGUGGAUGGCCGACAAGAAGCUAGCUGCGGAGGCCGCAGCUCGACCGGCGCCCGCGCCGCCGCCGCCGCCGCCGCGCGCGCCCUCGCCCAAACGGCGGUCCCGCUCCCGCUCGCGGUCGCCCGAGCGCCGCAAGCAGCGCGGCGGCCGCCGCCGCGCCGAGCCGGCGCGGGACGCCGCGGCCGAGAUGCGAGCUCUUGAUCCGUACGCCGACCACGACGCGAACGUGCCGCGGGGCUUCGCCUGCGCGCUGGCGGGCGACGGUUUGCAUGCGGUCUCCGAUGGUGUGAGGUUGGAGCUGCGGCGCGCGUUUCCCAGUGGUUUGGUCUUGGCUAUCGACGCGACACCGCAAGGCGGGCUCGCGCCGAGUGAUGUGGACGCGGCGGCGGCCGCUCCCGACCGGCACGCCGCGGCGAACGUCGUAUUGCGGGCCGCGAUGGCCGCGGCGCCGUUCGCACUUGAUGUGAAUGUGCAGGAGGGGCUCCAACGGGCCGGCGCGCCGGUCGCAUCCACGGCAACCUCCGUGGGCGAGGCCGUCUCGCUCCUCGCGGCCUGCGGCGACUGUUCUUCACAGAACCUGCCCGCCGGCGCCCGCUGCCUCUGGUCGCCGGACCACUGCGCGUUCUACUACGUGAGUGCAGAGGGCGCGAUGUCGUGGGAGCCGCCGGCCGCGCGGGCGCCGUCUUCAUCGGUGCGGCGGGAGCCGUCGCCGCCGUGGCGGCCGCCGAUCCGCGUCGGCGGCCGGCACCAGGACCGUCGGCGCGGCCAGCAGCGCGACCGGCCGUACUCUUCGUCGUCGAGGGACUCGAGGCGGGGGCGGUAUGCGUAUUAA